UUGUAGCAAAGGACUGUAUCUCAUUUUACGAACUUGAAGAUGAUGAGAGGUAUUUAGACAACCUUAAGUGCCGUUGUACAAACAUGUCUUCGAGCGUAGACGCAGAGGCUGUGUGCGCUCCGUACAACUGGGUGGAUGGUGCGUCUGUGUACGACAAGCGCGGAGAGCGCGUGCCCGCAGACCGCCUGCGCCGCGCACCCGCCAUCGCCCUCCUCUUCACAUCACGCGGCGUAGACAGAGACGGCGUCAUAGCGCGCUUCUGCCGCAUCUACCAGGACAUCAAAGAACUCCACCUACCCCUCGAGGUCAUCUACGUGCCAAUGGACGACAGCGCACAAGAUGCGGCGGCCUCCUACAGCGAGCAGCCGGACUGGCUCACUCUGCGCUUCGAUGAUACCCUGGUACACGAGCUGAGGUACAUGCACGAGGUGACCUGCAUCCCGCAGCUGCUGGUGGUGCGGGCCGACGGAGCGGUGAUAUCGUCGCAUGGGAUCUCAGACCUGGAGGAGUACGGGAGGAACGCUGUGCUGUCCUGGCUGCCCUCUGCCGCCUGCAGCGCGGCGCGCGGCGACCACACGGACGUACACCGCGUCUUCACUCUCUCACACGAUCAUCAUAUCAAGUUUGGUGAUGUAAAACAGAAGGAAUGAUAAUAAUAAUUCAUUUGAUUUUUUACAAAAGUAAAGAAA